UUUCUGACAUACAAAAGAAAAACCCCAAUGGUUUUUUCUGCGGCUCUGCCAUCUAUGUUCUAAGUUCCGCCGCCCACCUACUCCGCCGUAUCGUUUCAAACUAAAAACCUCCGCCGUCGGCGAUCGACGAGAAGAGAGAGAGAGAGAGAAAAAGAUCGCGAUGGCUUUUACCGCUCUCACUAACCCGUCUUCUAUCUCUCUCUCCAACUUCAAUCAGAAUCGUUCAUUUCAGUCAUCGCCGGCUUAUUUGCUCCAAUUGCGAAUCUCCGCUUCUCCGGUUUUGGCCUCUUCUUCCACCGGUAUCAAGGCCAAUGGUAUUUUUCUCACUCGUCGAUAUGACUGUCGCGAUCUCAGUAACCGUCGACAGCUGUUUUUGGUAUCUUCUUUUGGCGGUGGUGGUGCUGACGGCGGUGGCUCUUCGCGCGGCGGAGGGGGCGGCGGAGAUGAUCAUGGUGAUGAAGGAGAUUCUGGUAAUGCUGGUGAUAAGAACAAGGCGGAGGCGCUUUUGGUGUUGGCUGAGGCUGGCCGGUCACUGGAAUGCCUACCGAAGGACUUGGCAGCGGCGAUCGAGGCCGGUCGAAUCCCUGGAUCUGUGGUCACGAAGUUUUUGGAGCUCGAGAAGUCUGCUCUCAUGCGAUGGCUGAUGCAGUUUGGUGGAUUCAAGGAGCGUCUAUUGGCGGAUGAUUUGUUUCUGGCGAAGGUCGCGAUGGAAUGCGGCGUUGGAGUCUUCACUAAGACUGCAGCAGAGUAUGAACGCCGGAGGGAAAAGUUCUUUGACGAGCUCGAGAUUGUUUUUGCUGACGUGGUAAUGGCCAUUAUUGCAGAUUUCAUGCUUGUUUAUCUUCCUGCGCCGACUGUUUCUCUCCGGCCACCACUUUCAGUGAGUGCAGGAGCAAUUACGAAGUUCUUCCAUGGAUGUCCUGAUAAUGCUUUUCAGGUUGCUCUCUCCGGAACUUCAUAUUCAUUAUUACAGAGAUUUGGUGCCAUAGCGCGGAAUGGAGCUAAGCUUUUUGCAGUUGGCACGACUUCAUCACUGGUUGGCACAGCUGUUACAAACGCUUUAAUCAAUGCAAGGAAGGCUAUUGAUAAGAAUGCUGCAGCUGAAGUGGAAAAUGUGCCUAUACUUUCCACCAGUGUUGGCUACGGUGUUUACAUGGCUGUCUCCAGCAAUCUCAGGUAUCAAGUUCUGGCUGGUGUUAUCGAACAACGAAUUUUGGAACCCAUGUUACACCAGCACAAGCUCAUGCUGAGUGCGAUUUGCUUUGCUGUUAGGACAGGCAACACAUUCCUUGGCUCACUCUUGUGGGUGGACUAUGCCCGUUUGAUAGGAGUUCAGUAAUGAAUGUUAAUUCCAUAGGUUUGCUUUUAAUUAAAGUUCUAAUGAACACGAGGAAGAAGGUUCCAGUUUACAAUUAAGUUCAAUUGGCGUUUUUUUGGGUUUUAGUUAUAUUUCACUUUUUUUUAUUGUUUCUCUUUUCUCUGGCAUUCUUUUCGCUUUUCCUUCUUCUCUUCCACUAUUUUAUGUUGUUGUAUGUAGGUAGCCUGGACAGAGAUAGGAAAUAACAAAGGAAAUGCAUUGAACUUUGUUUGAAUUAAAACUUAAUUUUGAUAAAGCUUCCAUGAA